AUAUCUAAUAACAUCAAAAAUUAUUGUGCAUCAUACACUAAAAUAUACCCAUAAAGAACUUGAAUUCUUUUUGAAAUAAUUUAAAUUUCUAUUUUAUAUUUUUUAUUUAUUAAAUUUAAAUAAAAUAUUUUUUAUGUUUAUUUUAUUUUUUAGAACAUUAAUUUCUAUUUCCUCCAAUUCAUGGUUUGGAUGUUGAGUUGGAUUAGAAAUUAACUUAUUAAGAUUUAUCCCCCUUAUUUCUAACUCAAAAAAUUUACUUUCUUCUGAAGCAUCCUUAAAAUACUUUCUCAUCCAAUCUAUUGCAUCAAUCAAUUUCCUAUUUAUUAUUCUUAUAAAAAUAUUAUUUAUAAAUUUAGAAAUAAAUAUUGUAUCUAUUAUAAUAAAUUCAACUUUAUUAAUAAAAAUAGGUUCAGCCCCCUUUCACUUUUGAUUUCCCAAUAUUAUAGAAGGUUUAUCUUGAUUAAAUUGUUUUAUUUUAAUAACAUGACAAAAAAUUUCCCCCAUAAUUUUAUUAUCAUAUUAUUUUCAUAAUAAAUUUUUAAUUAUUAUUUUAAUUUUAAAUGUAAUUAUUGGAGCUAUUGGAGGAUUAAAUCAAACUUCUUUACGUAAAUUAAUAGCUUUUUCAUCAAUUAAUAAUUUAGGAUGAAUAUUAUCAUCAAUUAUAAUUAGAGAAAAUUUAUGAUUGUUUUAUUUUUGUUUUUAUAGAUUUUUAAAUAGAUUAUUAUGCAUAAUAUUUUUUAUAUUCAAUAUUUAUUUUAUUAACCAAUUAUUUAUCAUCAAUUUCAAUAAUUUAAUUAAAAUAUCUCUUAUAAUUAAUUUUUUAUCAUUAGGUGGAUUACCGCCAUUUAUUGGAUUCUUCCCAAAAUGAAUAGUAAUUAAUUUUAUAUUAAAAAAUAAUUUUUUCAUUUUAACAUUUAUUUUUGUAAUAAUAAGAUUAAUUAUAUUAUUAUAUUAUAUCCGAAUUAUUUACUCUUCUUUAAUAUUCAAUUAUUUAAAACUAAAAUGAUUUAAAAUUAAAAUUAAAAAUAAUUCUUUAUUUUUUAUUAAUUUUUUAAGAAUAAUUUCCUUAUUAGGAAUAAUUACUAGAACUUUUUUUUACUUAUAA